AUGGUGGGCUUCUUCCAACCAGCUCAGCUUCCAACCCUCACGGCUGAAGAUAUGGCCUCUGAGCAGAAGAACGACGAGCGGAGGAAACAGAGGAAAUAUGCCAUGGAAGCCUUGGACCAGGGCUGGGCCUUAAAAAAUGGACAGUUGGAGCCUUAG